AACUAUUAAAAAUAACGUAAUCAACCUGUAGAUGAUGGCAUUUAAAAAUAAUGAAAAUCAAAUGAUCCAUUCUGUACAUUUUUAUUAGUGCCGCGUGCUGUCGCCACACCAUAUUCAGCAUCACAGAAGGCUCGAUGUGCUCUUUGUAUUAACAAAAUCGGUCUUGUCCAAAUGCCUGGUGAACAUGGGUCACGUAUUGAAGAUGACGUACGAACAAGUUCCCUUUCAAACAAUCGUCCAUAUCUCACUGCUACAGUAUAUGAAGACGGAACCUAUCGAUUACAUGUCCAGCUCGAUUGCGGCGGACAAUUGAGUGGAGAUCCACUUGACAGUCCCUGUAGCCGUUCUCUAAGUGUGACUGGCUGGAUAGAUUUUAACGAUAAUGGAUUGGAUGAAUCAGAAAGUCGACUUCUGCAGCGCGCUUGGUUAAGCAAUGACGUACCUACAGGCAUAUACAAUUUGGACGUAAUUAUACCUAGAAUUGACGACCGAGCUACGAAAGCCGGACCCCAUCGCAUGAUCGUUACGGUAAUGCCAAGUGAAGAGUAUCAAAGAGAAUGUGGCAGUUUUCCAUAUAGAGAAACACGAGAAUACACUGUCGAUGUUAUUCCAAGAGUGCGAUAUACAGGUAAAUCAUUGUUUUUUGUUUGCUGAUUACAUAUGUUGUAUCGUGAUAGCACAUGUUUGACCAUUUGUAUUGAAAAAACUUCCUAAAUAUUUAUUGGGAAUGUUUUUUAAUUGUAGCUCCACCAACAACACCGUUUGUCUGUCCUCUAAGCAUCGCUAGAAUCAAUCUUGUUAUAAUGGCCGGUGAGAAAGGAACGGAAAUCCGUGAUGAUAAACCAACAACUUCAUUAGCAAGUAAUUAUUUAAAUCAACACCACAUGGCUGUUACACUUUUUGAGCACACUGUCUAUUUACUACGCAUCCAAUUGGAUUGUUCUUCGCAAUUGAGAACUGAUUUAACUCCAACAGGUUGUAAUCUCGCUCAAGAUGUCAAUGUUUGGAUUGAUAUCAAUGAUGAUGGAAGAUUCGAUGAUUCAGAAAUCGGCGCACCUUAUCGUUGGCCAGUAACCAGUUAUAUGGCCGAAGGUAUUUAUGAUAUACAAAUAUAUGUGCCAUUAAUCGGUAACAGAUAUAUGAAAAAUGGACCACAUAGAAUGCGUAUCUCUGUCGUACCCAGUGAGCAUUAUCGAGGUGUUUGCGGCUAUUAUGAUUACAACGAAUCACGAGAAUAUAUGGUGACCAUUGUUCCAAGAAUGAAAUAUUCUUCACUCGAUGCUACUCCAACUUCUGUGGUACCGCACAAUGUGCCAUGCUCUCCUGAUGUUGGCAAACUCAUUCUUGUUGUGAUGGCCGGUGAACAUCGAACACAAAUUCGAGAUGAUGAAUCAACUAGAGCUGCAUUGACCGGCAAGACUCCAAAUUAUCAACAUCUAGCUAUUGUACUAUAUGAAGAUACCGUCUAUCUUCUACGCAUCCAAUUAGAAUGCACUGGAACACAAGACAGAGAUUCAGUUGGAAACAACUGUAACCUGCCUCAUGAUGUAGCUGCAUGGAUCGAUUUAAAUGAUGACGGUAAAUUUAGCGAUACGGAAAAUGCAGCUCCUCAUCGCUGGCCACUCACUAGCUAUGUGCCACAAGGCAUAUAUGAUCUACAAAUAUAUGUUCCUGAUAUCGAUGGAGCGAGAACAAAAAGUGGACCCCAUCGAAUGCGUCUUGAUGUAACCUUAAAUGAACAGUAUCGUCAAAAAUGUGGCAAGAAUUAUUAUAGAGAAACACGAGAAUAUAAUGUUACUAUUGUUAAAAAGAAUAUGAAGCAAACAGUCGAUAUUGGAGGCCCGUAUUUGACAUUACCGAGCAAUGUAUGUACUAAAACUCAUGGCAAAAUUGUACUUGUUAUAAUGGCUGGUGAAAAAGGAUCUCAUAUUCGAGAUGAUACACCAAUAAAUACUGUCAUCAGACCGGAACAAAAUCGACACCAUAUGGCUGUUACAUUAUUUGAAAAUACCAUCUAUCGAAUACGUAUUCAAUUAGACUGCGACCGUCGCUCUAGUAGAGCUCCAUUUAAGAUCCAAUGCAACCUUGCUUAUGAUGUAAAUGUUUAUAUUGAUCUAAAUAACGACGGCAGAUUUGACGAAUCAGAAAGUCGCACCCCAAAUCGAUGGCCACUGCGUAGUACAAUGACAGUAGGAAUUUAUGAUUUGGAAAUUCCUGUACCCAGUAUCGAUCGAGUAACUACGAAAGAUGGAUCACAUAUCAUGCGCGUUGUUGUGAAAGCAAGUGAUGAGUAUGUUCGAUUAUGUGGCAGAUCUGAUUACAGUGAAACACGAGAGUACACCGUCAACAUCAUUCCAAAGGAAACAUAUGGUGGUCCUCAUAUAUAUGUUGCCGCUGAUACAUAUGUUGCUCCUGAUACAUAUGUUGCCCCUGAUACAUAUGUUGCUCCUGAUACAUAUCGUGUAGAUAAUAGAGGCUACGUAGGUACACAUUGCUCUUCUGGUAAUUUAAUAUGUUCAGUAGGCAAUAGUGCUAUUUUUUCGGUAAGUAUAUCGGGUGAGGACAAUACAGAGAUCCGGGAUGAUACAAAAACAUGUAGCUCAACAAAUAAUUAUGUUGAUCGAAGCAAUCUAGCUGUGACAUUAUUUGAUAAUACGGCUUAUACUCUUCACAUCGAAUUAUCUUGUGUCGAACAAUCAGGCUAUGGUAACACUUAUAGUCAAGAUCCAUCUGUAUUCGGAAGAAAUUGUCGCAAUGCUCGCUAUCUUGGUAUGUGGAUAGAUUUCAAUAAUGAUGGUACAUUUGAUGACAAUAUAGAACGAUUAAUUCCUAAUAAUUGGUAUCGAGAUGAUCCUCGAAUGACCCAGAAUGAUAUAAGUUUUACCAUUCCCCAAAUUGAUGGUAGAUAUAACGUCGGUGGACAACAUCGAAUGAGAAUUGUUCUGGUACAAGAUGAAAGAUAUCGUAAUCCGUGCCAAAACACUGGUUAUGGUGAAGCACGGGAUUAUACAGUACAAAUAGUACAAAAACAUGAGUACUAA